AACACCAAGCAUCAAACACCAGAGCAAGAUCCUCUCUUAUUAGCAUUUGCCUCCAAAGCAAAGCAAAAAGCACAGCCACUCCACUGCACAACCAAAAAAAAAUGACGAAACAGCCUCUCAUCUCCCUUCCAUUCCUUCUUGUCUUCCUCUACCUCUCCACAUCCAAAGCUCUAGCUCAGUCACCGGCUCAUGCACCAUCUCAUCAAGACCACCAAGCUCAAGCCCCUGCAGCACAAGCACCUGACCAACCCCUGGUUCGAGCCCCGCCGCGUAAGUCCCCCCAUCCAGCCCCACCGAACGUCACCGAUAUCCUCGACAAGGCCGGUGGAUUCAGCACCUUCAUACGACUCCUCAAAAACACCCAAGUUAUCAACCAGAUCGAAUCCCAGCUCAACAACUCCAACAAUGACUUGACUAUCCUCGCCCCAACCAACGACGCAUUCUCGGGUCUCAAACCCGGCACACUCAAUACCCUCACGAACGAAGAAAAGGUCCAGCUCCUGCAGUUCCAUCUCAUUCCGUCUUUCGAAUCCGUCUCGAAUUUCCAGACCAUUAGCAACCCUGUGCGUACCCAAGCAAGCAACACUCACGAUUACCCUCUGAACAUCACCACCACCGGUGGCUCAGUGAACAUCACGACCGGUAUUGUGAAUACCACCAUUUCGGGGACAGUGUAUUCCGAUAAUCAGCUGGCUAUUUAUCGUGUUGAUAAGGUGCUUCUUCCUCUUGCCAUUUUUGCUCCAAAUGCACCUUCACCUUCACCUUCACCAGCUUCAUCUCCAUCACCGUUGAAAUCACCAUCAUCACCUAAACCACGUUCGGCAUCGGCAUCACCACCCGCAGUGGUGAAGCCUAAGAAGGAGCAGCCUGCAGCUUCGACGACAUCAGUUAACAUCCCUCCGGUUGCGUCGUUGGAUUUGUCUGGUGGAGUUGGUAUCGCCGUAAUCGACAUGGCAUCGUCCGUCGGAGUGGCUGUGGUUGCAGGAGUUUUUCUGUGGGGCAGGCCCAUUUGAAUUUGCCUUUUGCUUUAUGAUUUUGCCCCGCCGGGAAGUUGAUUAAUCGCGGUGAAAUGGUUUGCAAUAAUAUAUUAUUGAUUAUUAUGUGUGCUAGAUUUGUUAGUUAAUUGUAUAUGCGUGCAUGCGUUCUUUUGUAAGAACUCUGUACGUCGUACUAUUUUUAUUUAAUUUGAAUUUGAUUAAUUGAUUUUAUUGGAUA